GACCAUACCAUAUGAUAUCAGAUGUGAAAUGCGAAGAGUUUUGCAAACGAUUCCGACAAUUUUUUGCAUCUUUCUUCAUUUGAAACUUUCGCUCUGCCGUGUUUGGAGUGUGUUGUGUGCACAAUAGAGAAAGGACAGCUUUUCCCCUGUUGUAGAGAACUUUUUGACAGAACAGGAGAACAAUGUCUUUUGGUGGGGGUGGUCUUUGCUUUUUGAUUCGGGUGCCGACAGUGGAACAUGAAAAAGAUAUUUUUGAUCCAAGACUGAGAUCCACGCCGGCUUCCACUCCUGAUACACCGACCAGUAAAGUUCCUUCCAUACAAAUUAGCACUGAUUCAGGGAAAACAGAUGACUCUACAGAAGUCAAGACUCGAAUACCUGAACCUCUUGAACAGGUCCUAAGAAAGUCGUUAGAAGAAUUGAGAGUAUAUGAUGCCCUCUGGGUUCUAGACAAGGAUGAAAGAUUUUAUCAGGUGUCAUUCACUUGCAACCCUGGACUUCCGUGUGAUCUCAUUUUGACCGCCUUGGCGACAAGUGGAAUAGGAAUGUGCAAAGGAUCUUCGCUAGUUGUGUUGCCUUGCACCGUAUGGCUCCAGGAAGAAGACGACUCAACUCAAAGUUCACGUGAUCAAGAUCAGAAGUUGCAAUUCAUUUGCGAUGAAGAGAAAAAGAGUGAAAGCGAUUCCUCGACACUUUCCAAAACAAAAACAGAAGUGAAGAAGGCCUUUAAAAAUUUUAAAGAUAUGCAGAAGAAAUUUCUAAAAACAGUCACUGCUAGACUUACAGUUGCUCAGGUAGUUGACGGUGUCAGAGCUGGAGCGGAACCUACAUUCGACUUCAUCAUGUUUGUUCUUAUAGCCAGCAUGAUCGCUGCCCUAGGCCUCUUAGAGAAUAGUUCUGUCAUCAUCGUCGCUUCCAUGCUCAUCUCACCCAUCAUGGGCCCCAUCAUGGCUGGUACAUUUGGAGCCGUCAUUCGAGACCGAUCAUUAAGAAAUCUUGGCAUAAAAACAGAAAUACUUGGUCUCUUUCUUUGUAUGGUUAUAGGAUUCACGCUUGGUUUAUUAAGUGAAGCGUUAAAUUCCAUCUGGGGUAGUAAAGAUUGGCCAAAUUCAGAAAUGAUCAGCAGGGGUCAAGAACGCAGCUUGUGGGUAGGUGUGCUGAUUGCCCUCCCUUCUGGAGCUGGAGUGGCCCUCUCCAUUCUCGGUGGAAAUGCAGGUUGUUUAGUGGGAGUGGCUAUUUCUGCUUCUCUCUUACCACCAGCAGUCAAUGCAGGUCUCCUAUGGGGAAUGGCGACAGUUCGAGCUCUGAGAGCACAAGACGAGCAAUUCGAAUACGUGCGGGUGGAUGGGACGUUGCGCCUUUACAAGCCUUCCCUAACGCCACCUGUUAAUUACGAGAUUAAUUAUUUCUCAGAAAUGGACCGCGAAUGCGCUGUCUUGGGGCUUGUAUCUUUAUCUUUGGCUUUAGUCAAUAUUGUCUGCAUCUUCCUCUCUGCGAUGGUCGUCUUAAAGAUUAAAGAAGUAGCACCAAGAACGAGCGUUGCAAAAACAUCCAGAUUUUGGAAAGAAGACAUCAAAAUUGCAAGAGAUUACAAUUCUACAAUGCCAGCUGCUGAGGCCGACGAAUUAGGGAAACAGUUUCUGGCUGAGUGGGCUACUUUGAAUGGUCUUGAACCAGAUGCGCUCCUCGGUGACGAUGCUGAAGCUGCUCUGACGCGAAUGGAGACUCUCAAAGACAUUAUGCAGGAUGUAGAAACCGACGAAGUGUUCCAAACUAUUGCCAGAAGUGUCAGCAGUGUUAACCCUCCUCGGGUAUCAGCAGCAAAUCUAUUUCCAAUUAGCCAAAGACUGAGUGUGAUGUCUGUUCCACCAAACUUGGCACCACAUAGACCAUCUGUCGUCGAACAUGAAAAAGAUGGAAGGGAUCGCUCCAAAUCUCUUAUGCCACCUGAGAAUGGUCACACUGACAUUGCUCUCGAUCCUGAAUUCAAGGACAUUGAAUUAAGACGUCCUCAGGUCAAGGUCAGUCCACGUUUAGCAAAGAGGCCACCCGCUUCAAGAAGCAGCCUCGCCGUUUUAAGACAAUCUUUGAUAAAUGCAGAUAGCCCUUACACCCUUUGGCCCUCUGAAGCUGCCAGCAAAAAUCGAUUUCUUGUCACCCCUGUUCCGGAAGAAUCUCUAAUGACAGUCCCCACUACACCUGUUCGCAGGAGAAUCAGCAGAUUCCUGCAAGAUCCUUGCGUUAUCAUGAAGGAAACUACGUGUUGACAAUGAAUGUGUGAGGACAGACUUAAUUUGCUGAAACAUUCAAUCAAUGUCUUGAUAAGAGAUUGCAGCAUGAUAUUUUCUACUUUAAGGUCAUACUUCUUAAUAGUAUGAGAUGUCAUCAUGGAUAGAAAAAUAAUGGAGUUAGGCAUGAUGUAAUUGUUUGUUUCAUGAUCUUAAUUAAUCAUUCAUAAUCUUUAAUUGGAUGAACUAUCAUGUUGAAAAGAGAGAAGAAUGGAUUUCUGUGUGAAGAAUGUUUUAGAUUCGCUUUAAUAUCAUCACAUUUUUUUUAGAAAAUAUAAAUAAUUCUUGCAAAUCGUGUGUUUUUAAUGAAUAUUGGAAAAAUGCCUCUAUAGAAUUUCAGAUUCUCAGAGAUUUAUUUUAUGUCUAUGAUUUAUUUUCCGAGAGAAUAUAUUCUUGUAAGUAUAAAAAAAAUUUAAAUGAAUAAGCAACAAACUCAUUAAUUAGUCCAUGAUUAUUUUACUCUUUACUACUUAGGAUAUUCAAAAAGGAUUGCUUGUUAAAUUACUAAGACUCAAAAUAUAAUUUUUUCUCUACAAUAUAAAUUGUACGAGGAGGUAUCCAAAAGUUUCAAGAUUAGUUCUGUUGUCAAAGCACUGUUUAAUUUAUCUGAGUGGAUAUAUUUACGCCUUCAUAGUAAUCUCCGUAUACAACAUCAUAGUGCUCCAAAAUUGUUUGAGGAAGGCAUCAAAAAGUUUCAAGACUAAUUGUGUUGUCAACUAUUAUAAUAUCUGCAAAGAUAUUUUGUCACCUUCAAAGUAAUCCCCGUGCACAGCAACAUAGUGUUCCCUGCGUUCUUGCCACACUUUUUGAUGUAAUGAAUGUUCAUCAUUCGAGGAAGGAAAAACAUUUUUGCACCCUUGUGAUGGAUCCCUCGUUGUCUUCCAAUGAUGUUGUUCUACUCUAGAAGCAUGCUUGUAACUCAAAACACAUUAAGUGACUUAUGAUGACAUCACUGCAAAACUAUUUCACCAUAUAUAAUAUCUCUAUGACAUAUUUAGUAUGAUUCGGAAAUUUUUUUUAUACUGUGUUUAUGUUGGGAUUGCAGAAAUGGUAAAGCACGUAGUUGCAAAAGCAUGAGUUGCUUAUUUACCGAUGCACAUCGUACAAGUCUCGUGACUCUGAAUGUUGAAGUUUCCCGAGAUUGUGUGUAUGCUUUCUGAUAUUUGUUGACUGUUUACAAGCAUUAGUCCUGAAAUUGAUACCACACGGUAUUUUGAUACCAUAUAACAAUUUAUAUAAUAAAGAUUGAUUGAGGCAGAUACAAAUACGAAAUCGACGAAAAGCGGCAAAAUAAAAAAAAGAUCAUUCUGAAGAAUUCCUAAAUUCCCAUCAAAUGAUAAGUGGCUAGCAAAUAUAAAUAUUGUUCUUUCGUACGGUAUGCCUUUCAUAAUAAAUAUUGUAAUAAAUGUUUUGUUUGAA